AAUGAAAUGAAAUGGUCAACCCUACCCAUUUAAUGACAUGCUGUGUAUAUUUGGGAGUUAGGGGGAGGAGGGGUCAGUUAAAAAAAAUCCCUAAUUUUUAAAAUUUUCAUUUAAGUGUAAAUAAAAACAAUGCUUUUCUUGUUGGAAAAAGAAUCGGAACAAUACCUAUCACACAAUCGCUAACUAAAAGAACUGUAUUGCAAUAUUACCAUUACAGAGAUCUUAUGCUAAGAGCUGAUUUUCCAAACAUUUCAUCAGUUAGUAUAGCUUCAUGUCCACUUGGUGAUUUCUUUACUGCACAAUGUGCUGAAAUAGGUGGUUGUCUCCAAAAAUGUUUACCAUGCGUCCUUUACGAAGUGAAGAAAAUUUGGCAAAAAGCAGGAAUUCCUUUUGUUAAUACUGACAAGCAUAUCUGAGACAAGAUUGUUGACUUAGAAAAGAAGAGAAAAGAUUUAAACAAACACAGGAACCGAAGUAUUCGAUGUAAGUCAAAACAUUUGUGAACAUACUAUUAUGAAAGAUAAAAAUAAAGAUUUAAAAACUAGAAGAGAGGAUGUAGAUUUUCUUAACGACCAGAAAGGAGCGUGUGUUCAGAAAAUGUUGGGUAAAGAUAAAAUUUCACAAAAUAUUGUAAAAAAUAAAAGAAAAAGAGAAAUGAAAAAAAAAAUCAAAGUAUAAAAGAGUCCAUAAGAAAACAGAAAUAGUUGGUUACUGAGAAAUUUGAUGACAAUGAAAAAUUUAAAUACUUUAGAUAAUGACCAAGAUGAACAGUAUCUACAGUCUUCUAUAAAAAUUAAAAAAAUCUCAUGCGGUUCCUCUUAUAAUUCCUAAAAAUAUAGGAAAAGAUUUAGCUCCAACAGCAUCACGAUAUGGAAUAAGUUCGACUGCACUGAGUGCAACUCUUGCUUCUCUUAUAAAUAACAGUUCUGGAACAACAGAUGAUUUUCCUAUUUCUAAACCAAGUAUUUUGAGGCAGAAAAAAUCAAGUAUAAGUACGACUGCCUGUAAAAUUAAAGACAACUUUAUUAUAUUGACUAAGGGUAAAAGUCUUACCGUGCAUUUUGACUCCAAAACUAUGGUAGAAUUGAGAGAAAUUGGUAAAGAAAAAGUUGAAAGAUUAGCUGUGCUAAUAAGUUCACCAGAUCUUUCAGAAUCCCAACUUUUGGGUAUUUUAAUUGUGAAAAAUGGCACUGCUGAGUCUCUUGGGAAAGCAAUCAAAAAAACUUUACAAGACUGGGAGCAAUUUGACUAUGUUGAUUGUCUGUCCUUUGACACCACAGUCACAAAUACUGGUUGGCUAAAAGGAGUCUGUACUCUUAUUGAGCAGUGGAGAGGAAAAGCUUUGAUUUGGAUGGCUUGUCGUCAUCAUGUCUACGAAUUACAUAUAAAGCAUUUUUCAAGUGUUCUUACUGGGGGUAAAACAAGUGGACCAAAGACUGAGUUAUUUGAAAGGCUAAAAUGUAAUUGGAAAUCGGUUCUUGAAAAGAAGAUAAAUUAUGAUAACCUAAAGAGAUUUGACUCAGAAAAAAAAAUUAAAUCUUUUUUGGAAAAGCAGGCCUCUGAAUCAUUAACAUUCCUUCAAAAUUGCCUCAAUAAUGAUAUAUUUCCAAGAAAUGACUACAAGUAUUUUAUACAGUUAACAGUUCUUUGGUUAGGUGGCAAAGUAAAAGAUUUUCACUUUAGAUUUCCAAUGGCUUCACAUCAUGCCAGGUUUAUGGCACAGGGCGUUUAUUAUUUAACAUACGACAUUCUACAGCCACAAUUCAGUAACUUAUGUCCUGAUAUAAUAUUAUUACAAGAGGGAAAGCUGAUUCAUGAAAUUGGUUCAUUUACAGCACUAUUUGAUGUUCCAUGGUUUAUUAAAGCUCCUAUCCCUGCCAUAGCACCUUCUUUAGAUCUAAAAGCCAUUAAUGAAAUGAUACAAAAUUCUAAAUUAUGUAUUAAACCAGCAGAGGCCGUACUAAAGUCACUUGAAAAACACAAUUGGUAUUUAAAUGAAAGAUCUGUGGUUAUGUGUCUUGCUGAUAAAUGCUUACCUGUAGAUCAGCUACAUAAAUUAGCUCUUAAAUUAGCUCAAACAGAAAAGCCUACCAGUUAUAAAAUGGGAAAACUAAGUUCAGAAAUUUUUACUGACAAUGAAAAAAAAAUAAAAAAAAAGAGUUGAAGAUUUUAUUGGUCCUGAAAGCUGGUUUUUCUUUGAUUUACUUAAAAUGACAUUACAUGAGACAGAAUGGCUGAAAAUCAGUUCAUCAAACUGGGAAACAUGUUUAGGUUAUAUAAGAUUUAAAAAUUAUAUCACUGGUCUUCUUGUUGUAAAUGACAGUGCAGAACGUGCAAUUAAACUUGGUCAAGACUUUAUUGAAACUUUCCGAAACGAAGAAGAUAACCAAGCUAAUUUACUAGUUGUUGCAGAUCAUCGUCUAAAAUUUCAGACAACAGAAAAAAAAUCUUGGUUGAAAGCUUUAAAAUAACUUUUCUUUAAAAAAUAAAUACAAAUGUAAAAAAAAUUUUAUUUAAAAUUGUAAGAAAAAAAUUUUACUCCCCCCCCCCCCACACCUCCCAAAUUUACACAGCAUGUCUUUAAAUGGGUAGGGCUGACCAUUUCAUUUCAUUUUUUGCAAUAAAACAAAAUAUAAUCUUAAAUAAGAUUUAUCAGGCUACAAAAAUAACCUUAAAGAUAUCUUUGAAAUAUUUGUAAGUGACCCAGCCCCCCUCAUUAUUUACAAAAAGUAGAAAUUUUCAAAAUUUCGGACUGCUGGGACCGACCAUAGGAGUACCCAUAAAAAAACUAUAUAUUUUUAAUACAGAUAUCAAAAGGAACCAGAAAAACUAUUAUGGUAUUUUUUUUAUUGACUUAGGUGUUU